UUCAUAGCAUGUAUUGAUAUAAAGACAACAUCGGGUGUAGUGAGGGGUCAGACGAUAGAUGUGUUGGGCGUAAGUAUUGACCAGUUUUUGAGUAUACCUUAUGCCGAACCACCCGUCGGGAAACUCCGGUUCGCCAAACCUGAACCCAUCAAAACACCCAAACCGGGCAUUAUAGACGCGACAAAACCCAAAAACACUUGUGUUAUGCCAUUAAGUGUCCCAAAUCUGACCCAAAGUGAAGACUGUUUAUUAUUAAACAUAUGGACACCAAAUGCAGUAAAUAAUAACACAAACAAAUCACAGCUCAAACCCAUUAUGUUUCACAUACACGGCGGGGGGUUAUCUGUGGGCUCCAUAUUUGGUGGAAUGGAUAGUAAUGUGUUGGCCACACGUGAUGUGGUUUACGCCUCAGCAGCUUAUAGAUUAGGA